AUGUCGACUACGCAGACAGCAAUUGUGAUAGAAGAGGGCAGUCAGAAGUCACGGCUGUCUAUCCCGAAAAGACUCCUUGGUGAUGUAGACCCCGAAUGGGUCAAUCUAUGGGAAAGACAUGGUAGCUCUAUGGUGAAGGCCGACGAGCUAUCCCUUGAGGAAUUUCGGAAAGAUCCCGCUGCUUAUAGCUUCACAUUCCCAACAUGCUCUGGACCCCCCGUUUUUCACAUCGAGGACAUAGAGAUCCCUGUUUCCAGACCCGCUGGAAAUAUUGUGAUCAGAGUCUACACACCUGAAGGACCAGGGCCAUUUCCUGUUCAUCUGAACUUUCAUGGAGGCGGGUGGGUUCUUGGAAAUCUAAAUUCCGAGGCAACAUGGUGCCGAAAAAUGUGCAAUAAAGCUCAAAUCAAAGUUGUCGAUGUCGACUACCGCCUCGCUCCCGAGUUUCCGUAUCCCACUAGCAUAUACGACUCGUGGGAUGCUGUGAAUUGGACAAUCGCAAACGUCCCGCGACUUAACAUUGAUCCAAUGAGUGUCUCCAUCGGUGGCCUGUCGGCGGGGGGUCAAAUGACAGCUGUAUUAGGCCAUUUUGCCCGUGAUGCAGGCAUUGACCUGAAGCUGCAGCUGAUCAUUGUUCCAGCAACAGAUAUGCGCUACUGUCUAAGAAAGCGGGAGUUGAACGAGACAACUUGUCCCUAUGAAAGUGUCUUACUAUAUCAUGACGUACCUUGGGGGCCCUUGGGGAGAGAGCAAUGGUUUCUAAAGUAUUGGCUGGGCGAUGAUGACGAUUUACAAGAGAAGAUAUUGACAAAGGAGUGGAUCUGCACACCCGUUCUGGCUCCUUCAUUCAAAAACCUUGGGAGGGCGCACAUUAUCACGGCCGAGUUUGAUCUUGAACGGGAUGAAGGUGAAUUUUAUGGGUUUCUUAUGCAAAACGCUGGGAACCAUGUCACAAUGAAGAGAUACCCCGGAAUGCCCCAUGCGUUCGCGCAUUACAAUCACCCAAAAAGAGGACUUUCGCAAAGCUUUGUACAUAUCGAGGAUACAAGUCGACUCCUUCGGGAGGUGCAUUUUAGAAAAGGUGGACAAUAA